AUGGCUUCUACUCUCGCCUUCCCUCAGCAGCAGCAGCAGCAGCCCCAGGGCCUGCCCAUCCAGUCCGUCAGCUCCUCCAAUAUUGACAACAGUCUCCUCAGUGCUCUGGCAACCUAUGUCACCACCGGCAGUCACGCUCGCAGCACCACUGAGCAAGAGAUCCAGGAGCUUGCCUCUGCUGUUGUUGCCAAGCCUGGUGGCCGAGCUCACCUCGAGUCCCUCAUCCAAUUCGACUCCUGCCCCGAUCACCAGGUCUGGAAGAACCAGGCUUCUGCUAGCGGAACCAUCAAAAUCACCAAGACUAACCUCUCCAUCGCUCUCGAAGUUGGCACUCUUGAGUUGAAGUUCUCUGCUUCUGGUGCUGGUUUCUAUGUCCCCUGGAGUGGUUCCCUGAACGCCGGUACCCUCUACUACAAUGAGUUCAGCCAGCUCACUCCCGGAAAUGCCACCUUCAAGCUUUGGGUCAAGGGUCUUGACUUCUAUGUUAGCAUCUACCGCAACCAGGUCUACAUCGGCAACUUCUUCUAUCCUAACAUUGGCUUUGUCUUCCCUCCUGGCACCAUCGAUCUCAACGGUACUAUUGCCUAAGCGCAACACUAGCCUUGUCAAUGCGGCCGAUGAUCCUCAGGGAUCAGAAGCUUGGAAGUGUUGAUCAUUUCUGCUCGAUUCCUUUGUUAUCUUGAUUUUAGCUAGCUUGUUCGCUCCUUAGUUUGCAAUAAUCAUUUCCGGGCCCAAACCAGCGACUCUCCUUCUGUGAUUCUUCUUGCAACAGUUAUUGUGGAGUUUCCUGAGUUGAUUGACAAGCUGGAUCCUAUAAUGGCUUGGUGACAGGAAAUAAGUCAACAAGCAUCUACACUAGGUACAACCUUCUAUCUGCAAUGCGUAUCAC